UUAAAUAUUGUGCACUUAUCAAAAAAUUAAAAAAGAAAAUAACGUUAACAAUUUGCUACACGAAUCGUUACACUUGGUUAACCAAGACAAUCGAGAUCGACGAUUACUUGCAACACACGUCAAAGGUAGUCUCAGUUGUUGGUCAGACCUGUUUCUUUCUUCUAAACAUCUUUUCAUCCAUCACCUCAUUACAUUUCAUUAAUCUUCAGAUUAACAACAAAAAUUCAUAUCGUUCUAACAACAACGUUUGAAUAGCGUGUCUUAUUAAUUAGUAAUUUCAUUUCAUUCAAGAGAGUAAUUUUAAAAUAGAAAAGCAAUUCAUAAAGAAUAAGAACGCAAACGCAUUAAGUACCGAUAUGCUUCGGUUAAUAUUCUGUCGUCGAAAAAGUUUAAAGCGCGAUGCUCGGAAUUUCACAAUAUUUGAAAAUACUAUUAAUUUUAUGUAUUGGUUGUACAAUUUUUUGUGUUAUUUUUAUUAAUUUUCCAAAUUUGCUUAAUAAAAAAGUUUAUAAAGAUGUAUUUAUAAAACAAAUAGAACAUCGAAAGCAAACGAAAGAAAGUUUAGUGAUUUUAUCAAGAAAACGAAAUUUUACAAAAGAACAGACUGAUAAAACAUCUUUACUUGGAAGAUGGCUUUUGUCUUCUGAAGGUAGUUUACCGCCAACGGUUAUAAAUAAAAAAAAGGAACCAUAUUUGAUUUUAAUUUGGAAACAUGGAAAGUUUUUGGAACGCAGGCAUAUCAAGCGUUUUACAAAUAAAAAGUUAAUAUAUUACAAAUUUUCACCAUGGAAUAAUUGUACAGUUAAUCGAUGUGUAUUGAGCUACCAAUCUAAAGAUUUAGAUAUAGCAGAUGCAGUUGUAUUUCAUUUACAUUUGACACGGAGCGCGUUGGAAUUACCGACUAGAACUCGAUGGAACCAAAGAUGGAUUUUUUUAACUGAUGAAUCACCAAUGCAUACUUUUCUUUAUGGAAAUCAACAAUUAUUCAAAUAUAAUGGUUUAUUUAACUGGUCAAUGACUUAUCGAAUGAAUAGCGAUGUGCCAGUACCUUACGGUAGAACGAUUUCUACAUCGUUUAUACACUCACCAGAAAUAAAUUUUUCAAAGGAUGUGAUAAAAAAAUUAAAAACUAAACUAGUCACUGUGAUGGGUAGUAAUUGUGCAGGCACGAAUGGACGAUGGAAAUAUAUUAAGGAAUUAAAACUAAUUUUCAGUAAUGAUCUUGACAUAUAUGGAAAAUGUUUAAACGGUAAUACGACUGCGUGUCCAGGUCAUUUCGAUAGAGAUUGUUCUGUUUUAAAUGCAUAUAAAUUUUAUUUAGCUUUUGAAAAUUCAAAUUGUAAAGAAUAUAUAACAGAAAAAGUAUUUUGGCAUGGUUAUCAUAAAUUAGCAAUUCCAGUAAUAAUGGGUGCAUCAAAAAAAGAUUGUGAGAAAUUAUUACCACCACAUUCAUUUCUCCAUGUUAAUGAUUUUGCAAAUCCAAUGGCUUUGGCAAAUUACAUUCGUUACCUUAAUCAACAUGAUGACAAAUAUUUCGAAUUUCACGAAUGGCGUAAAUAUUACAAAGUAAUCAAUGAACAUGGUUAUUUUGGUAGUAUUUCACGACACUAUUGUCGUAUUUGUGAGGCUCUUCAUUAUAAUUUUCCUAUUGUUAAGGUUUACGAGGAUAUAGAAUCAUUUUGGAAUAAAAAACGAGAUUGUACCUUCUGACAUUUUUUAAUUCAGUUUAUUUUGUAUUAUUGUUAUUAUUACUA